AUGAAACUAAUCAUGGCUCUUUCCGUUCUGGUGGCUGUGUCAUCUGCCUUGCCUCAAUUUGGUCGUGGCACCGUAAACCAAGACGGUGGCUUUGGGGGCGAAGGCCAUCCAGGACUUGGAAGCGUACCAGGAUUCGGUGGCGGGCAUGGACUUGGAGUUGGCCAACCAAUAUUUGGUGGUGGCGGCUUUCCACGUGGCCCAGGAGGUGGUGGCGCCUUCGGAGGUCCUCCAGGCGGCACCACGUCUUCUGCCUCAGCUUCUGCGUCGGCAAGUGGCGGUGGAUUUCGCGGUUGA